AGAGAGUGGAGUGAGUCAGUGAUAGGGCAAUGACGCAGGUCACUCACAGUUGUGUAGUCUAUGGUCUUAUCAUGACGUUAAUGUGAUCCAUGUAGCCUCUCUCUUGUUUGAUUUAUUAUACAUGUUACACUAUAUUAUAUCAGACCAACACGAGAGCACCACUAAGCUGACUGUGAUAGGAUGUUUCCCACCAAUGUCCCAGAUGUCACUCACCUGAGCAUUGUGAAGAAAAAAUGGAAGUACAGAGGGGAGGGGAACGCCAACUUGGUCCUCGCUUUACCGGAAGAACGAGUGAUCCUGCGUCUACACAAGAUGAGGCGAGACUCCACAAUCACCAAGGAAGUGGAGUAUGAGGAGAUGAAUCGAGUGUGUCGUGAGGCCUUCUUCUGUCGCAUGGUUAUGGUUCCUCUACUGGGCAAAGCAUACAUUCAGCCUCCUAUUGUUGCUAGAGUCCAGCACAAGGAGAUACAUCUACUUGACCGCCUGCUCCUCCCUCAACGGCCAAAUUUCCGUCACCAUAAGGGAAUCACUUUUGGAUAUGUCACCAUCUAUCCUGACUACGCUUUGUUGCCAGAACAACUGGCAAACCCACCAAGACUGGCCCCUCCCCACACAAACACGCCAGCCGUGGUGUGCUCAUCACGUGGCAAGUGUGCCAGGCUGCGUAACUCCAUCCCGCAUGAUCACUCACUGGAGGAUAUCUCCUGUGUGCCGACCACUGUGGCCAAUGUCCUCCUCCAGAAGUGCAUCAACAAGAGCUGUAUAUUGUCGGACCCUGUCUUAAAUGGUGACUUGUGUCAGCUGCCUACAGUCAAUCGGAAAGCCUCCAAGAAUUGCCUCCACAAGUAUAAGAAUUGGCACCAGGCUGCCUCUGUUCCGGUGACUGAACCUACAUUCUGUGUAGAAAUAAAACCCAAACAGGGUUGGAUUCCACACAGCCAACUAAAUCACCCCAAGUGCACUUUCUGUCUCAACCAGUACCUUAAACUGUCAAAUGGUGCUAUCAGUAGAAUCAGUCAGUACUGCCCUCUAGAUCUUUUCUCAGGUGAUGAGAAACGUAUGAAACAAGCAAUAAGGGCUUUAUUACGAACUCCUCAAAACAACCUAAAAAUUUUUAAGAAUGGCCACUUGGUAUACAGCGAAGAGAGCAGUCAGACCCUAGGCCACAUCCUUCGGCAGUGGCUACAGCCUUCCUCUUCUGCUUCAGAAGAGUCCUCUAGUCUAAUCGAUAGUUUUAGCUCAUUGGUACACCAUGCCUUGACGACUGACUUACUGGGACCGGUGGACCACCGCCCUCUGGAUGAUCAGUUUGUUCCUCUAAUCUGCUCUCGCCUGACAAAAUCGUCACCUCAGGAUAUUUCCGUGGAUAAACUCCAGCCUUGUGAUCUCACAUACAAGCCUUUGCCCGCCAACUGCAUUCUUGAUCGCAUUCUUUGGAUUCAGAAAUUGCAACAAUAUGACACAAACACUAUUAACCACAUGCUGUGUCAGUACAGAGAGUGUGAUGACUACGACUAUGUGACAAACCUGCGGGAUCCAAACAGUCAUCAGCUCUCUCUGGACCCAGUGCAGAGAUACUUGCUAGCAACUACAGCCAAGGAUUGUUCAAUACUAAUUGCCUUCCAGCGCAUCAGGAGCAAGAGCACAGUUCCCGCGCAGCAUAUAGUUGUUGACCCUGCCAGUGGUACACAGUAUGUCUUCAACAUCGGAGUGUCUGAUCUUGACCCCAAACCUUUAUCUUGUGUGGAGAAACAUAGAAAACGUGAUGCGGAUAUCCAGUACGCAUGCUCUCACCUACUUCAUCAGUAGACAGAGGGUUACAUUAUCAAAACGUUGAUAUAUUCUAGUACUGAUACACAUGAGACACCAAAUCAGAGGUGUUAUCCUAUCUUAUAAUUGUUGACUGAUGAUUAUUAUAGAAUAGAAUAAUUUUCUCUGAUAGUUAAAAACUAUGUUAUAAUAUUUUAUUUAAUAUUUAAAAAUGCAUGAACAUUAACAUUAGUAGAACCUAUAGUAACUUAUUAUCAUUUCUUUUUUAAAACUUGUAAAUAAUGAAUUAAACUAUAUAAAGCACAAUUGCUAGCCACUAAUCUCGAACAUAAAAACACAAUGUCAUUUAGCAGUGUGAAAGAAUCUCAGUUAAGGAUGUUGCUUCACUGUAGCAAAGUUGUAUUUAGUAGAUAUUUAAUUAUGAAUAAUGUAGAAAUAAUCUGUGGACCUAUAUCUCCUUUACAGGUAUAUUUGAAUAAUGUUUUCUCAUAAUAAAGAAUUGAAAGUGUUCGGGACAAUUUUAUUUGUCUAUUAUAGUCACUAUUUGAGUUACUAAAUUGAGAUCUCACCAAAGUCAGAUCAAGUCAAUUUUUCAUUUAAUUUUCUACAAAAUGAUAAUUGAAAUUCAACAUAACUUGUUUAAUUGGUGUUUUAAGAGAACCUGUUUUAAGAAGAUCAUAUUUAAAAACUAAUAUGAUCAGCAUAGGUCUGAAUUAAGUCAUACUGAAUUUGGAUGUAUUAGUUUGUGUUUAAAGUAAAUGAGUACCAUGUUAAUUUAAUCAAUGAAUGGAAGGUAGGGCAUUGACCAUAAAUAUAACAAUAGGAUCAAAUCAUUUACAGUUAAUCAUAACAAUUUAUUUACAGUUAAGUAAUUAAAGAUAUGACUAUAGUUUUUUGUUUGCAUUUGUUUGGAUUGCUCCUUUUCUAAGUAAUUGUAGAGUUAAAACUAUUCAACUACACUCACAGAAUAUUUUAGUAUCCCACACAAAGUGGUGCAAAAAAUUGCUCUAAACUUCCAAGAAUAUCAUCUAAAUUAUCAUUAAAUAGAGAAAUCAGUCAUGAUUUGUAUAGGGCAGAUACAUUAGACAUAAGAUAUUUACGUUUAAAGGAAUUUUAACUAAGUACUGGGAUUAUUUUGUUGCAGUUGUUAUUGAUUUUCAUAAAGCAUAUGAGAGUAUUAAUCAUAGAGAAAUUUUGGAUACCUACUAGAAAAACUUAGCACCCUAAGAAGAUUGAUAAAUAUAGUGCUCAUUAUGUAUUAAUAGGUGUGAUUGUGAACUCUUCAAAAUAAACUUUGGAGUCAUGCAGAGGGA